AUGGACGAUUUCAAUUUCAGAGUUAAAGGAAUUCCUGAAAGCGAUUCGUCAGAACUUUUGCGUGUACAUUUAACAGAUUUAAAAAAUGCCAAUAAAAAUGAACUUCCACCUUUUAUUGAAAAAAUACCAUUAAUAAUUCCUUCGAAAAAUAUUAUAUUCUAUGUGAAAAAUGUUGUCAAGAAUGCAGUUCUUAGUGUAUUGUUUGACUGGACGUCACCAAUUGCUCACCCUUUAAACGUCAUUUUAUAUUUAUUUAUUUAUGUUCCGUUACUUUUUGUUUUGUAUCCUUUUGAAAUUAUUUUACGUUUUGUUGAAUGGAACGGCUGGACUCGAUUAGAAGGAACUGUUUUAGAACAUUGGAAACAAUUAAGCGAUGAAGUUGAUAAUUUGAGAAAAGGUUUUGAAUCAUUGGAUAAAUCUAUACCAUUGAAAGAAGAAAGAAAAAGUAGUAAAUUUGAUGUUGAUCGAGCUGAAGCUCUUCUUUAUUUAUCUACUUUGAUGUAUAAACGUGAUGAAAAUGCUGUUCUUAUGGCAAAGAGAAAAUUAAAUCAAAUCAAAACAGCCAGAAGAGAUCCAUCGAGUGAAACAAUAGAUUUGGCGGAAGUUUCACAAUUAUUGUUAGAAGCAGAUCAAGAAAUUUCUGAAGAAGCCGAAGCUUUUGAAUUAAGAUUCAAGUCGAUCAGUGAAAUGCGACAAUUCGGAGGUCCAUACGCGGGAAUUUUUUGGUCAGAUCAACACAAUUUCAUUGUCGCAGCAUUCAAAGGAACGACACCAACAAAUUUCACUGAAUGGUUAUUGGAUGCAACAAUCCAACGAAUGGACGGGAGAGCUUAUUUGUUUGGAGAAGUCCAUAAAGGUUUUUACACUUCUCUAUUUCCGAAUGAUGAAUUCUCAUCUGCUGAAGCUGAUAGAGAAUCGGCAUCUUUUUUCUUAAUCGAGGCAAUUAAAAAACAAGCAAAAAUUAUGUCUGAAAAAAAUAACGAUAAUGGAGUUCAUAUAUGGGUAACUGGUCAUUCCCUUGGAGCUGCCUACACAACAUUGUUUUAUUCCCAUUUAUUAAAAAUAAAAGAAGGCUUUGGAGAUCAAUGUUUAUUGCGUGAUGCAUACGCCUUUGCAAGCCCUUUGGUUGGUGAUAGUAAUUUUGCAGCUGAAUUUUUUUCACUUUACAACACAGAUCAUAAUUUAGGAAAAAAUUUAUGGCGCAUAGUUAAUGAUAAUGAUAUAAUACCAAGGUUACCACCACAUAAUCUUGCACUGUUUAGACCUUAUGCUGAUAAUAUUUACACAACAAAUUAUGUUCAUAUUGGUGAUGAAAUAAUAUUUUAUCAAGAUGGAAUUAGAGAGCCUAAAUCGCAUAGCAAAAUAUGUGGUGAAACUUAUCACGAACAAUUUAUUCGUGGUGAUUUUGAUAACAAUGGUGGAAUUUUGUUUAACGAUAGAUUUUUCAAUAAAUUUAAUAACCAUCAUAGACGCAGGAUGGAAUCAUCUAUGCAUAAUAGAAAACUUGAUGGUUAUUUGUAUGGUAGAAUCGAACAUCUUGCACCUAAUUUUGCUAGAAAUCAUAUUGAUUAUAGAUAUUUUGUUGAAUUGGAAGAAAAAGUCAAAUAUUUAGAAAAUGAAAUUGUUAAAUUGAAAAAAAAAUUGAAAAAGACAGGUAAAAGAUCUUACAAUACAAAUGCUGUAGGAAAACAUAAGGCAGAAGAAGAGCAUGUUGAUGGCUUUACAUUAAAUUUAGGAUCCAUAUCUACAAAUGGUAUUACUUACUCCACAGAUGGUUGUAUUUUUCAUGAAGACAAUAUACCUGUAAUUUUGGAGGUUAAAAAUGACAAUGAAGGCAAUGCAUUUAAACAAGCUUGUGGAUAUUAUUGGAAAUGGAUUGAAGGCUUGAAUGAAAAUUAUUCACGAAUAACACGUUUACCAUGUCUUAUUAUAUGUUUGACUGCAUCACAUCUUAGGAUUGCUGGUGCUUUUUAUAAUGGAAAUUAUUUAAUUGAAGGCCUAACAGAAAAUUCAUUAGACUGCUUUGAAUCUACUGAACCAGAGAGAACACAAAUAAUUGGAAGGAUGUUACUUGCUCUUAAAAAAGCUGUUCAGACAUUAAAAGAUUACUAUACUUCUCCCAUUCAGACUAUACCAUUGAAAUUUCCCUGUAUUACAUUAUUUAAGAUGCUUGAUAGUGGAUAUGAAAUACCAUUUGAAUAUGAAAAAAAAUUAAAUGAAGAUCCUCCAUUUGAAAAAGGUCAAAAAAUGAAGCUUCAGGAGAAAAUCAAGGAUGCAGUUCAGGAGAUACACAGUGAAGGAUUGGUUCAUGGUGAUUUACAGGAGUGUAAUAUUCUUUAUAAAGAAGAGGAAAAAAAUAGAGAUGGAGAUAUACAAGUAAAAAUUAUAGAUUUUGAUUGGGGAGGAAAGGAAGAAGCAGUGAGAUACCCACCACAACUUGAUCCUAAUAUUUCAUGGCCAUUGGGUGUUCAAACCAACAAGCAAAUUAAACAAAUACAUGAUAGUGAUCUCCUUCAGUCAACAAUUGAAAAAUAUUUGAAA